CCACUGCGGGCGGGGGGGGAGGGUUCCGGUAGCCGGUGCGCGGCCGCAGCUGACGGCGGUGCCGGGACAGCCGGGAGAACCGGGACAGCCGCGAUAACCGGGAUAACCGGGAUAACCGGGACACCCGCGGCCCCCCAGCCGGUGCCCAUGCCGAGGAGCAGCUGACGGCGGCGGGGACGCGGAAAUGGAGCCGCGGCCGGGCCGGGCCGUGCGGGCGCUGUGCGGCCUCUUCCUCCUCCUCCUGCUCCUGCUGCUGCAGCAUCCCGGCCGCGCCGAGCGGGCCCCCGGCUCCCACCUGGACGACUCGGCCAUCGCAGAGUUCUGCCGCAUCGACAAGGCACUGUGCCACGACGAGGACGAGCAGCUCAGCUUCGAGGCCGUGCGCAACAUCCACAAGCAGAUGGACGACGACGCUAACGGCAACGUGGACGUGGAGGAGAGCGACGAGUUCUUGAGGGAAGACUUGAAUUACCAUGACCCAGCAGUCAAGCACAGCACUUUCCAUGGAGAGGACAAGCUCAUCAGUGUGGAAGAUCUCUGGAAGGCCUGGAAAACAUCCGAAGUGUACAACUGGACGGUGGACGAGGUGGUUCAGUGGCUCAUUUCCUACGUGGAGCUGCCCCAGUACGAGGAGACCUUCCGCAAGCUGCAGCUCAGCGGCCACGCCAUGCCCAGGCUGGCAGUGAACAACGCCACCAUGAUGGGCACGGUGCUCAAGAUGACCGACCGCAGCCACCGGCAGAAGCUGCAGCUCAAGGCUCUGGACACGGUGCUCUUCGGGCCUCCUCUGUUGACCCGUCACAACCACCUCAAGGACUUCAUGCUGGUGGUGUCCAUCGUCAUCGGCGUGGGCGGCUGCUGGUUCGCCUACAUCCAGAACCGCUACUCCAAGGAGCACAUGAAGAAGAUGAUGAAGGACCUGGAGGGUCUCCACAGGGCUGAGCAGUCUCUCCAUGACCUACAGGAGAGGCUGCAGAAGGCGCAGGAGGAGCACCGCUCGGUGGAGGUGGAGAAGGUGCACCUGGAGAAGAAGCUGCAGGACGAGAUCAGCAUCGCCAAGCAGGAGGCGCACAGGCUGCGGGAGCUGCGCGAGGGCACCGAGAACGAGCUCAGCCGGCAGAAGUACGCCGAGCAGGAGCUGGAGCAGGUGCGGAUGGCGCUGAAGAACGCGGAGAAGGAGCUGGAGUCCCACUGCAGCUGGGCUGCCCCCGAGGCCCUGCAGAAGUGGCUGCAGCUGACCCACGAGGUGGAGGUGCAGUACUACAACAUCAAGAAGCAGAACGCAGAGAAGCAGCUGCUGGUGGCCAAGGAAGGGGCUGAAAAGAUCAAAAAGAAGAGAAACACCCUUUUUGGGACGUUCCACGUUGCUCACAGUUCCUCUCUGGAUGAUGUGGAUCAUAAAAUCUUAACUGCAAAGCAGGCGCUGAGCGAGGUGACGGCGGCGCUGCGGGAGCGCCUGCACCGCUGGCAGCAGAUCGAGCUGCUCUGCGGCUUCCAGAUCGUCACCAACCCCGGCCUGCACUCGCUGGCCUCCGCCCUCAACAUCGACCCCGCCUGGAUGGGCACGCCCCGGCCCAACCCCUCGCACUUCGUCAUCACCGACGACGUGGAUGACCUGGACGAGGAGCUGGUGUCACCCAUGUCCAUCCAAUAUGCAGCCUGGCUUUUCGGGCGCAGGUUCAGCGACCGCUCCUCGCUGUCCUCGGAGGAUCAGUCCCUCUGGAAAUACCCUGCUCCGGCCUUGCCCAGCUCAGUCCGGCAGCGCCUGGUGGAGCCGCAGCACGGCCACGGAUCGCAGAGGUUGGUAGAGAGUGUCGUGCCGGGGCAGCCCGAGGCGGGCCCCGUGGCCCCGCUGCGGGCGGGCCGAGUGUCCCUGCGCCGAAUGCACAGCCUCAGCUCCGGACAGUCCUUCAGCUCCGACCUGCCCGGCUCCAGCCCAUCGCCUGCCUCCACCUCCACCUCCUGCUCUUCAUCCACCACCACCGCACCUGCUCCUGCUUGCCAUGUCCACCCUAUCUAUUACCAUCACACCACCUCUUAUUUCCUCCAGAUGGAUUCCAUCCCCGACCUGCCCCCUCCUGAUGUCACCUCUGGAGUUCGCUGUCGCACUGGGAGCUUUGGAGAUUUAACUCGCUGCGACUCCGACUCCUCCAUCCCGCACCUGAGCGAGCAGCAGCGUGUCCCCAGCCCGGCGCCCAAGCUGCUGGCUGCCCGGCCCGCGCUGCUGAGCCGCUCCGUGGAGGAGAAUGUCCCCGCGGGCCCCGCCGCGCCCACCCCCAACGGCGGCGGCCGCCACGGGGAGCCCCCCGCCCUGGCGGCCCUGCAGGAGCGCCCGCCCGAGAGCCCCAUGGCGAUGAAGAAGAUGAUGAUGGUGAACCACGGCAUGGAGAAGUCCUCCAGCCUGGGGGAGAUCAGCCACCCGGCGGCCGGCAAGCCCAGCCACUCGGAUUCGUCGCGGUCGCACAGCCCCAGCUCCACCGAGCCCGACACCCCCUCCCCCAUCUCUGACUGCCGGCCCGGCGGCGCCCGCAACACCCGCAUCCCGCAGCUGGCCGCCAAGAAGAGCCCGGGGGACGAGGACAGCAGCCUCACGGGCGACGAGGUUGACCUCGGCCAGAGCAAGAAAAAGUUCCCCCUAAAGAUCUUCAAGAAGCCCAAGAAGUAGGGGGGGACCCCUCCGGACGCGUCCGGCCGAGCACCGGGAGCGCAGCGCGGCCCCGGCAGCCCCGAGCCCCCAGCCCGGCACGGAGGAGCUGUUGAAACGUUUAAACUUAUUUAUUUCCUCAUCUCCGAGACGAGAAGCGCGCCGCCUCCCCGCGGGGAGAGCCGCCCCUGCCCUCCCUCGGACCGGCCCGGCUUCGCUGUGCAUGGCUUCCAGUUACUCCUGCUCCGCUCAGCCACGCGGCCUUUGCGUUUGGUUUCAAUGUGGUUUUAGUUUUUUUUUUAUUUGAUUUUGUUUUUUAUUGUUGUUA